GAACGGCGGACGGAGGAGCAGCAUUAAACAAGACCUUUUCCAAAGUCCCGACGGCCUCUUCUCCUCGCCGGCGAAAGGAGGGGGUCGAGGUGGUGUUCGUGGUGGCGGCGGAGCUGGACCUCCAGGCGGUGGAAGGGGAAGCCUAGAUCUGCCUCCUGCCUCCGCCACCCGAUCCCUGGUUGGUGGUGCCCAUCAUGGACGCACCAAAGUUCCCGACCCGCCCUCCCGCCGCCCGUUUCUUCUCAUUCCCGGCCAAGAACCCGUCCUCUGCCCAAAAGCCCCACAGCCGGAGCCUAUGGCUCUCGAUCGCCUCGUCGGUGGUCUUCGUCGUGAUCGUGUACCUCGCCGCUGCCUCCCGGAGCCCGCCUCCUCCUCUUCGAUUUGGGAUCAUCAUAGACGCCGGGAGUUCUGGCACUCGGAUCCACGUCUUCGGAUCGAAGGGGGAGUCGGGUGCCAUUCCGUCACUCGUUCCCGGGUCGACGGCGGUGAUGAGGGUGACCCCGGGGCUGUCGGCGUUCUCGGGGGAUCCGGAGCGAGCCGGGGCGUCGUUGGAGGAGCUGUUGGAGUUCGCCAAGGGGAAAGUGGCGAAGGACCGGUGGAGGGAUACGGAAGUCAGGCUAAUGGCGACCGCGGGCUUGAGAAUGGUCGACAUGGGGCCGAGGGAGAGGAUUCUGGAGUCUUGCAGGCGGGUCUUGCGGCUAUCGGGUUUCCGAUUCAAAAAUGAAUGGGCAACUGUGAUACCAGGGUCUGAUGAAGGAACAUAUGCUUGGGUUGCUGCAAAUUAUGCACUUGGUAGUUUAGGUGGCGAUCCUGAAAAGACCACUGGCAUAAUGGAACUCGGCGGAGCUUCUGCACAGGUGACAUUUGUUUCAAGUGAAACGUUGCCUUCUGAGUUCUCCCGUAUGCUGACUUUUGGGAAAACCACAUAUAAUCUCUACAGUAACAGCUUUCUCCAUUUUGGACAGAAUGCUGCUCAUGAGUCACUACGAAAAUUGCUUAACUCAAGGGACAUAAAAACAUCUGACGUGUCUAGACAGGAGGGAACUCUUGUCGAUCCCUGCUCCCCUAAAGGAUAUUCUCAUGGGGGCAACUUUUCAGAAUGUAGGUCCACUGCAUUAAGUCUGCUGCAAAAGGAAAAAGAUAAUUGCCUCUAUCAGCUGUGCCACUUGGGAUCAACUUUCAUACCUAAGAUGCAAGGGAACUUCAUAGCAACUGAAAAUUUCUUUUACACUUCAAAGUUCUUUGGUCUGAGUCCAACAUCAUCACUAUCCGAAAUGAUGCAUGCUGGGGAGGAAUAUUGUGAACAAGACUGGUCAAAGACUAAAAAGAAGUAUCAUUCUGCAGAUGAGGAAGACCUGUCUCGGUAUUGUUUCUCUGCAGCAUAUAUAGUGGCGCUACUACAUGACAGUUUUGGUAUUCCUCUGGAUGAUAAGAGGAUUGAGUACACAAAUCAGGUGGGAGACAUGGAAAUCGAUUGGGCUUUGGGAGCUUAUAUUGUGCAGAGUAUGACAAAGAGUUCAGAAAAUGCGGGCUGGGUGACAGCCAUGAUCCAUGGCGACUUAGUGUUGCUGCUUCUUGUGGCUUCUGCUUUGCUGGUUUUGACUGCUUGGUUGGUGUCCAAAUGGAGGCGGCCCCGAAUGAAGACUAUAUACGACUUGGAGAAAGGUCAUUACAUAAUUACCCGUGCCAGUUAAUGAUGCCAAUUACCAAGGGCUUAUCUAAUAUAACUUUAGUCUUACCAAACGUGAGCUCUUCCAUAGAAUUGGAAACCAUAAGGGUUGGCCAGUGUACACAUUGCUCUUACAUGUCCGUUGAGAAAUCACAGUUCUUGUGCACGGUUAUUUAUAUUACAUUCUUUAUUGCUCUCUAGUAAUGAACUGUUAUUGUUUCAAGAAGGGAUUGUACUUCUAUUGUGAAAGGUCAUUCUUGUUUCGUUUUGGUAACUUUGUAUAUGAAGAAAUAAAUAGAAACCUGAUGCCAUGAGUAUCGUCUCCA